AUGAAUAACGAAACUAUCGUGUUAGAUGGUCCCUGCAAAGACAGUCCUUGUGGUGAAGUAAGUGUUUGCUCAAGCUCUACCGAAUUCCCUUUCUUCAAAUGUGUGCGUGCAUAUUGUAGACCGGAAACAGACGUUGCAAAUGCUUCCUUUAGAAACAAAGUGCUGAGUCAUGUUGGUGGCAGAAAUGAGCUCGUUUGUGACGAAGGAUAUAGUCCACUAGGGAAGCAAUCUUUGACUUGCCUUCAAGAUGGCAACUGGUCAAUUAAAAACCUAGAAUGUUUAAAGAAUUGUCCGUCUGUUCCGCUGAAAUCAACGGCUACUGUCGCGUCCUGGUCAACGUACAGAUUUGUAGUCAACACAACUGCAACCUACACGUGCAAUGAAGGAUUCUACAAUAUUACAGACAGGGUGAUUGUCUGCGACGAACUGGGCACCUGGUCAGAGUUUGAGUGCGUGCCACACUGUCGACAAGCUGAUCUUGUCCCUAUUUCUAACGGCAGUCCAAAACCGGGGGAUAAUUAUACAAUAUACACACAGGCCGAGUAUGUUUGUAACACGGGGUAUUACCUGUCGCCAGGAUCAAGAUUCGUAAACUGCGACGUGAAAGGCACGUGGUCAGAGCCGGAGGUCAAAUGCUUUCCAUUUUGCAAGCAAAUAAAUAUUCCGCCCUUGAGUAACGGAAACCCACUACCAGGCACAUUGUAUAAUUAUAGUAUGACAGCGGAAUAUGUCUGUGACUCUGGUUUCUACUUGUCAGAUGGUUCGCCGGAAGUCAUAUGUGAUACGAGUGGCAUUUGGUCUACUCCGGAAGUACAAUGCUAUCCGUACUGUCAACAACCUGUUGUAGCAAAUGGAAUUAUACAGGUAUGCUAUUUUCAGGUUUUAAAUAACACAAAGAAAUAUUGA